AACCUAACGUAGGAUUUGUAAUGGAAUCAAGAACUACAGAGAAGCGUGGAGCGGCUAAACAUGGAAAAAAAUAUCGGGUCACUACAGGAACAAGCCCUGAAGCGAAAGGAGAGAUUGAAAGCGUUGAGGGAUAAACAACUCCACGGGCGAGAGCAGGAAGAUGGGGAGCCAGAGCAUAAAAAAGCCUCAUUGGAAGAGGAAACACCGGAGAAGAGACACAAGGAGCUGAAACUGAGAAAUUACACUCCAGAGGAUGACGAGCUAAAGGAGAGGCAGGUCCCCAAAGCCAAACCAGCAGCAGUGGAGGAUAAAGUUGAAGACCAGUUAAAGGCAGCCAAUCCAGAGCCUAUCAUUGAAGAAGUGGAUUUGGCUAACCUAGCCCCAAGGAAACCAGACUGGGAUCUCAAGCGGGAUGUGGCAAAGAAACUGGAGAAGCUGUCGAGGAGAACACAAAGGGCCAUUGCUGAACUCAUUCGCGAUCGUUUGCGAGGCAGCGAGGAGGAGCUGGCCGGUGUGGUGGGAGCGGUACAAGCAGAACAGGAAGACUCAGACUGAUUUGGAGAUAUGAGAAGAAAAGCCACACUGGAAAUGUGAACAGCAGGGCAGGCAUCCAAUUCUGGGAAUAGUUUAUCACAGGUAUGUGCUGGAAACUUUGUCCAGUCUUGCCUUGUGCUUUUUUUUUUGUUUUGUUUUGUUUUUGUAUCAUGCGAAUCCAAUGGUACAAUCUGUAUAUGUGGUUGAAUUAUAAACAACCAGGCUAAACCUUUCAUAUUUUCUGUUGUAUGGUUGUUUUAAAUCGAAGUAAAGUACAAUUUAUGUUUUUGAAA